UUUUUUUUAAACAAACUAAUCGAAGCAAAGCAUACAAUAGGGCCCCCAUGUGGCUCUUCUAGUCUUCACUGCAUCUUCCCAGCUACUUCCUCUCACCUCUUUCUCUUCUCAAUUGCCUUUCCUUUCUUUCUUUUUUCUUACCUUCGGAAACUGUGUACUUUUUCCACUUCAUGUGAUCAAAAUUUUGGGAUAAAAAUAUGGUAGCAGAGUCUUGGUUUCGUAGUCUUUGGAAAAUUCCACGGAGGCAUGAAGGAGGCUCAGAGAAGGUUGAAAUUGGAGUAUUAGCAUUUGAAGUUGCGAGCUUGAUGUCUAAGCUUGUGCAGCUAUGGCAGUGUCUGAGUGAUAAGCAGGUUAUUAGGUUGAGAGAGGAGAUCACAAGUUCCGAGGGGAUUAAGAAGCUAGUAUCGGAAGAUGAAGAUUACAUAGGUCGCUUGAUAUGUGCAGAAAUGAUUGAAAAUAUUACACAUGUUGCAAAGUCCGUGGCUAGGCUUGCGAAGAAAUGUGGUGAUCUGGGUUUGAAGAGUUUUGAACUUGUCUUUGCUGAGUUGGUCCAGAUUGGUGCUGACCCUUAUGGUUGGGGAUUUUCGUCAAAGAAGAUGGACAAGAAAGUGAAGAAGAUGGAGCGUUUCAUUGCGGUGAAUGCAUCUUUGUAUCAAGAGAUGGAAAUGCUCGCAGAUCUUGAGCAAACUCUAAGGAGAAUGAAAAGUGGUGAUAUGGAGCCAGAGAAUUUGCUUGAAUUUCAGAAGAAGGUUAUGCGGAAGCAGCAUGAACUGAAGAGUCUGCGGGAGAUAUCUCUUUGGAAUAGGACAUAUGAUUAUACAAUUCGCCUUUUGGCAAGAUCGAUAUUCACAAUAUUUGGUAGAAUCAAACAUGUCUUUGGAAUUGAACAAAAUGUGGAUGAUGGAGAUUCAAGGGUGGCGAAUUCAGAUUUUAUGUAUCGCAGCCAAUCAGUUUCUGCCUUAAUGCAAUCUUCAGUUCAUCCAACUGAGAAUACUAGCCUUACCCGAUUUUCUUCAGGCCCUUUUGGAAUGUUUAGCACUAAAUCAGGCCCAAUUCCAAAACCAAGUAAAACUAAUUAUUUCCAUUCUGGGCCUCUUGGUGGCUCAACCACAAACUCAGGCUCUAUUAGUGGAAAGAAUGGAAAUUUUAACUUCCAUUCAGGUCCACUUGGGAGGCCUACAGCAAAGUCAGGACCAAUUUUUGCAAUGGAUAAAAUCAGCAAGAAGAUUUGGCAGACUAACAAACACCCAGCUGCUGUUAGCGGAAAGAAAUCUCACUUGAAAAGCAACAGAUUGACUCAAGUGGGACCUUUUAAAGGAUGCAUGAUAGCUGCCGAUAGUGGUACCAUCAGAAAUUGUUAUAUAAGUUCAAAUGGUAUUCAUUCAGGAAUUCUUAAUGGAGCUAAAGAUGGAAAUCUUAACCUUCCUGAAGGAAAUGCUGUUCAAACUAGUUCACCAGUGUUCAGAUCCCAAUGCAGGUUGUUGGAUGCUCCGCCUGAAACUCUUGGUGCUUCUGCUUUAGCACUGCACUAUGCAAAUGUUAUCAUUGUUAUCGAGAAGUUAGCAGUAUCUCCUCACUUGAUUGGUCAUGAUGCUAGAGAUGAUCUUUACAACAUGUUACCUGCAAGUGUAAGAGCUGCAUUGAGGGUAAGGCUAAAACCAUAUACAAAGAGCUUAGCUUCAUCAGUUUAUGAUACAGAACUUGCAGGAGAGUGGACUGAGGCAAUGUCUGCCAUAUUAGAGUGGUUGGCACCGCUAGCUCAUAAUAUGAUAAGAUGGCAAUCUGAGCGGAGUUUCGAACAGCAGAACUUUCUUUCGAGGACUAAUGUGCUUCUGGUGCAAACUCUCUACUUUGCAAAUCGAGAAAAGACAGAAGCAGCUAUCACUGAGAUUCUUGUUGGUCUGAAUUAUGUCUGGAGACUCGGUAGAGAACUCAAUGCAAAGGCUCUGCAGGAAUGUGCGAGCAGUAGCAUCUUUGAUGAAUCUUUGGAUCUAGAGAAAUGAAGUUAUUUGACUGCAGUUGCAGUAUCUCCACGGAUACAUCGCAUCAGGUUGAAUGUUGGCAAGAUUCCAUUUCUGGCCAGCAAUGGAGGCUUAUCCGUUCUAUUUUCCAGCGUUCAUUGAAGAAGAAAGAACAAUCCAACCUACUAUGAAAUACAUCAUUAAGCAUUCUUUGUGAGUCAGAGGUAUAGUUUGAGCUUUAAAAUCAUUUAUUUUAUAUUUUUUGGGGGAAGUGCUGGUGAUCUUUUCCUAGUUUUGAAGAUUGUUUCUUUAUUAUCUUCCUCGUAAUACCCUUUCCUAGUUAAGUAGUCAUCCAUGAAAUGUGUAUAUUAUUUAGAGCUACCCUGUUAAAUUAAUUGUAUAUUUACCAUAUAGGUUUAUUCAUAGAUUUAUAUGUUGCGGAUGCCUCUCGGUUGGGUGUGCUUUUAUCUGGCAGCCAAUGUUUGAUGUGACAAUAUUGAGAUUUGCUCCCCUUGAUAGCUGAAGCAGAUGUAAAUCAGGUUGCAUGGCCAGAAUCCGAGGUUGAUUCCUUUCUUAUGGUCAGGCUACCAUAUUACAGCCAGCUAUGAAAUUGCAAUGAGGUUGCUUGAAUUGUUUUGUUGAAUGAUGUCACAAGGUAUGGUUUGCUGAAUGUAAUGUCUGGUGAAGAGCUUUUAGCAGGAUUAGUCUGGAAGCCUAAUUUACUAAGAGAUUGGGGAAAUCUUGCAGUCAUUUACAAAUUGCCAUGAAUGAAUACUGAAACUGGUGCACAUGGUAGCUGGUAAGCAUCUGAUUUCAGAUUCCUGAGUAUCAUGAUUGGAUUGCUUCAGGAAGAGAUGUACCUAGAGAAGAUUGAGACUUGAGAGCUCUGGUUGAUGUUAAUCAUCCUCUCAAGUCGCCAUGAGCUUGACCUAGUGCCUUUAUUUCUCCUCCCUUAUAAUUUGUCUUCAUUGGAGCAGAGGCAAUUGAUGCACUUAACAUAAACAUCAACUGCCUUUUCUUUUUUUGUUUUCUUUCAGGGUUUUGUAGAGAGAAAUGCUAAAGGGAUUGAAAAAGUAUAGGGCUGCAUAGUCUGAAUGUUAGACAUGAAAUCUUUAUCA